AUGUUGCCAUGGGAUUUGAAUAUAAUUAAUGUAUACAAUAACAUAUUUUCUUAUACCCUAUAUACUACUACUACUAAUAAUAAUAAUAAUAGUAAUAAUGAUAAUAAUAAUAAUAAUAAUAAUGAUAAUAAUAAUAAUAAUAAUAAUAAUAAUAAUAAUCAUUCAUACUGUAAUACGAGUCAAGUUGUAAACGUUUUAUGGUUAUGUAUAAAUCUAUUACAGACUAUGUUUACGUAA